UGAUCUCAUUGUGCUUUUCCAAGAAUUGUAUCUUUCUUCUUUUUACUCUAUCUGAUUCUUUUCUGCUUAUAUUUUUUUUUUCUGGGAAUUGUUAUGUGAACCUUUUCUUCCACAAUAAAUUUUUUAUUACAGAUGAUUAAAGCACUUUCCUUUUCUUAGAAAUAAAGGUGACUACUAUUAAGAUUUCAUUUCAGACAUCCCUGUGAAGAGUUACAACUUACUGCAUGGACCAACAGCACUCAUGCACAAUCUUAAAAAAUUGAGGACAUGGUGAGGAACUUUUCAUCAGCUAGAAAAGAACUUGAUAUUGAAUCAUCGCCAAGAAAAUUAGCAGACUGUAGGAUUUGUCACGAUGAAGAUGAAGACUCAAAUAUGGAAGUACCUUGUUCAUGCAGUGGUAGCUUGAAGUAUGCUCACCGCGGAUGUGUCCAGAAGUGGUGCAACGAGAAGGGUGACACAACAUGUGAAAUUUGUCUCCAGCAAUUUAAGCCAGACUAUACAGCACCCACACUCCCCCCUUUGUUUCAUUAUGGUGCUAUCCCCAUGGACUUCAGGGGGAGCUGGGAAAUCUCUAGGAGGGAUCUGCAUAAUUCGCAACUUAUAGCAAUGGUUUCCAGGGAUCACAGUUCUUCCGAUACUGACUUUGAUGAAUAUGCACAAUCAACUUCAAGAGGCCUGAUAUGUUGUCGUCUAGUUGCUAUAAUUUUUAUGCUGCUUCUAGUGUUACGUCAUACUUUACCAUUCAUCGUCAGAGGAUCAGGAGAAUACUCACUUACAUUGUUCACAUUACUAAUGUUAAGAACUAUCGGGAUACUUUUACCAAUCUUUGUCAUGUUCAGAGCAUUUGCUGCUGUCCAGCGCCGUAGGCAUCUUCAGGAUAUCCGUGACUUCUUGCCUGCCACAUCAGAUGAAGAAAGCGAGCUGCCCCACUUGCAGCAGCAGCCAUCACCACAUCUUAUUCAAGUUCUGUGACUCUUGCAAAUUUGAGAAGAGGAGCAAACAGGAGGUUGUCAAGCAAGCAACUUCUUCGGCUCCUGUUUCUGUAUCAAUACGAAGAGCAUGCCACACAAAUUGCUCCUGAUUCUUUUGCUCUUGCUAAAACACAUCUCUAGUCAGGAUCAAAAUUUGCAACUGCAGAACUACUUGUACACACCACUACUGAUUGCAGAAACAACUAGCUAACUACUACUGUCAAAUGUAAAUACAAAAUGUUUGUUUAUAUCUUAUGUAUAACAUAUUUAAUAAAAAUAUAGCCCAAGUUGAGAUUAAAUUUUA